CCACACUCAAAACACCAAACUCUCUCAAACUCCCCACACUCUCUUACACUCACUCGAAAUCCCCAAGAUUCAAAAUACAUUAAACUCGUCCAAACUCACUCAUGUACUAACCCCCUUUAAACUAGUUCAGUCUUCAUCACUAUCAUUUUCCCAGACUUUGUUUGAUUUCUUCCCCCUAAUAUUACUACUAAACUAGGGUUUUCUUCCACGCCGUUCUUGUUUCUUCCGUAAUUUCUUCCAUUAUCAGUAUCGAUAUAGAAGUUAUUUUCUAGGGCUUCAAUCAAUUGAUUGGGUCUGAGAAUCUUGCAAGAAAGAAAUACUCAUUAAACUAUUUAGAGUUUUUGGGUUGCAUAUGUAAGUUUCGUAUCUAUGUUAAGAUGGCUUCAUCUAACAAUUCUAAGAGACGGAAGGGUUUGAUCAGUGAGGAGGAUAUUGCAUCGCUUUUAAAAAGGUAUAGUGCACCAACAAUACUAGCUGUACUUAAGGAAGUUGCUCAGUUUCCUGAUGUGAAGAUCGAUUGGAAUGUGUUGGUCAAGAAGUCGACCACUGGUAUUUCAAAUGCCUGGGAAUAUCAGAUGCUAUGGAGACAUUUGGCCUAUUGCGGUGUACUGCCAGAAACAGUAGAAGAAAAACCUGAGCCAUUGGAUGAUGAUAGUGACUUGGAGUACGAGUUGGAAACUUUUCCUCCUGCUAGUGAUGAAGCAUCAUUAGAGGCUGCAGCUUGUGUUAAGGUGCUGCUUGCUUCUGGCUUGCCAGAUGAUGCAGGAGGUCCUGCAACUGUAGAAGCUCCAUUGACUAUAAAUAUACCUAGUUGCCAGGAUUCUAAAAGUCCAUCAGAUAAUCCCCAGCCAUCCAGAAUAAAUUUUACUUUUCCAGUUUCUGUACAAAAACAAUCAUCGCCUGCAGUGACAACAACUGAAGGAUUGGAUGGAACUGGGCCAAGUGCUGGCAGCCAGCCUGCAAGAAGAAAAAGGAAACCCUGGACGCUAGAGGAGGAUAAUGAACUCAUUGCUGCUGUGAAGAAAUUAGGUGAAAGGAAUUGGGCUAACAUUCUCAAGGCAGAUUUCAAGGGUGAUAGGACUGCUUCGCAAUUAUCUCAGAGGUGGUCCAUCAUAAGGAAGAGAAACAGUGCUAACUUAGAAACAGUUGGAGGUUCUGGCAGCCAAUCUGAACUCACAGAGCAACAGCUUGCCACCCGCAGAGCAGUUUCGAUUGCUCUUAAUAUGCCCAUGAAUAGUAGCUUAUCGGCAGCAUGUGCAGUUGAAGCAGCUACAGGCAGCAGUCAACAAAUCCCUCUCCAGACAGCUCUAUCCCUACCGAAAGGAACAUCAAGUGUCACGACAAAACCUCGGGGAACCAAUAAAAAAGCAGCUUCUGUGGUCCCGAAUCCGAUGAUACAAGCAGCUGCUGUUGCUGCUGGAGCCCGUAUUGCCACUCCUUCGACUGCCAAAUCACUGCUUAAAGCUGCACAGUCCAAAAGUGCUGUUCAUAUAAGUACCGCUGGGAAAUCAUCAAUACCAGGUGUAACCCCACCAUUGACACCUAAUAACUCGGGCACUCGGCCUAAUGUACAUUAUAUUUGCACAGGUUUAUCACCUGCAAUGAAAGAUAAGGUUCCUCUUCUCAGUGCGGUCACUUCUGCGUCUACAUUAUGUGGGACGACCGCCGCAGGCAAGAAAACAAAUGGAGUUACGAGUGUCGUAGUCGGAAACUCGUCCAAGGAAGAAAAGGUUCAGAGCUCUCCCAAUGAAGAUGAGGUUAAGAACUCACCUAAGGAAGUAGUUAAAACCUCAUCCAUCGACAGCAAGAUCAAAAACUCAUCUAGUGAAGAAGGGGUUAAGAACUCGUCUAGCGAACAACUGGUUAAGCCUGAAGAGAUGGAAAUUGAUUGUGCAGCAGAUAUAGCCAAGUAUGGGAAACAACAGGAUCAGGCAGCUUUGCCAGAUCCAGAUAUGGUUAUUGAAGAUGUAAUGAUGCAGAAUCUUAGUAAGUUACCAGAUGAGGAAGCUGCCGUCAGUGACCCAAUGCAGCUGGACAAUCAUCACAUCGAAAACGAAAAAGAGAAUAUGAGGAAUUCGCCUGCAGCAGCCAACUAAGGUUUGUAUUUGACUAUUGUUAACAUAAAUCUCAUGAAAACUAGACCAUUAGUUCAAUUAGCAGAGAGGAGUUCAGAAAUUGGAUGAAGAAGAAGGAAGCAGAAGCGGGGAAAGCACUGGCUGUGUUUCUGUAUGAUUUAAGGUAGAAACUUGAAUCAUGGUCAGUUUUAGAGGUCAUCGUGUUUAUGCAAUUAAGUGAUCUCUUUUUCUUUGCAGCUUAUAUUUUUUUCUGUCCAAUUUCUCUGGGUUUGAAUCUGUACAAAAUUGUGUACAGGACUGACUUUUAAGACUUUGUAGGUAGGGAACCAAAUGAACCAUCUUAAUUUGACA